AUUGCCUAUUAAAUAGUUUUGAUAAUAAUAAUAAUAGAUAACAACUAAAAUAUUAGUUAAAAAUAAUAUGAAAAUUUUGAUUUUCGCACUAUUCGUAACCGCCGUUUGCGGCGGUUUUAUUAGAGACGAGUCGAAGAUCGAGACCAGAAACCGAAGAUUUUUAGGAUUUGAUUUGUCAUUUGGAGGAAAUGAUCAAAAAAGCGGUAAUGGAGUCAUCAAAGGCGGUCUGAGUGGUGGUGUCAAUGGAGAAGCUGGAGUUCAAGUUUCUGGUGGUGUCAAUGGUAAAGCCGGGGCUCAAGUUUCUGGUGGUGUUGAUGGAAAAGCCGGAGCGCAAAUCUCAGUAGACACCAAUGGUCACAUUAAAGGACAGGGAGAUGGUUUGUUUGGCGGACUCUUCAACGCUAUUAAUCCAUUUGGAAUGGUUAAGAAAGGUCUGGAUACCGGACUCGGUUUGGCCGGUGGUCUCGUUAAAGGAGGCAUUGGUUUGGGACAAAAUUUGGCCAAAAACGGCAUCGAAUUGGCAGAAAAAGAUGUUGAGUUCAAGAAAGAUCUGGCGAAAGGUGCUUUGAAUGGUGUAUCCAAUCUUGUUGGUGGACUUACUGGCGGACUAAUGGGCAGUCAUGACGGACACAAAUGUCCAGUGGCCGAAGGCAUCGAAAAUGUAUUGGACACUGGAUUGGGUGCAGUAGGAAAUGUAUUGGAAGGUGUUAAGGGAGCAGUUGAUGGAGGUUUGGGUGGAGUGGGCAAUAUGGCUGAUCAAGGAUUACAUUUAGUCGGAGGAAUUGCCGAUAAGGGAUUAGAUAUAGGAAAAGGUUUGAUGAAAGCAGGCAUUGAUUUAGCCGAUAAAGACAUCGAAUUUAAGAAAAAUCUCGCAAAAGGUGCAUUGAAUGGUGCAUCCAAACUCGUGGGAGGACUUACUAAUGGACUCACUGGUGUACUGGGAAGUGUAGACGGAAUUAUUGGUGGUGGAUUAGAUACAGCUGGCAAUGUUGUUAAUAAAGGAGCUGGUUUAGUCGGUGGACUCGCCAAAAACGGUAUGGAUUUGGGUAAAGGUUUGGUUCACGGAGGCAUUGAUUUAGCUAAUAAAGGGCUUGAGUUUAAGAAAAACUUGGCACAAGGUGCGCUCAAAGGUGCAUCCGAUCUCGUGGGUGGACUUACUGAUGGACUAAGUGGUGGACUGGGAGGAGUAGAGGGUGCAAUUAGCGGUGGUUUGGAUGCAGCAGGCAAUGUUGUUAAUAAAGGAGCUGGUUUAGUCGGUGGACUCGCCAAAAACGGUAUAGAUUUGGGUAAAGGUAUGGUACACGGGGGCAUUGGGUUAGCUAAUAAAGGGCUUGAGUUUAAGAAAAACCUGGAACAAGGUGCGCUCAAAGGUGCAUCCGAUCUCGUGGGCGGACUUACUGAUGGACUCACUGGUGUACUGGGAGGUGUAGACGGAGCUAUUGGUGGUGGUUUAGAUACUGUAGGCAAUAUUGUUAAAAACGGAGGUGGUUUAGUUGGAGGACUCGCCAAAAAUGGUAUUGAUUUGGGUAAAGGUUUGGUCCACGGAGGCAUUGGUUUGGUUGAUAAUGGCUUAAAGUUUAAAAAAAAUUUGGAACAAGGUGCAUUGAAUGGUGCAUCUAAUCUCGUGGGCGGACUUACUGAUGGACUCACUGGUGUACUGGGAGGUGUAGACGGAGCUAUUGGUGGUGGUUUAGAUACUGUAGGCAAUAUUGUUAAAAACGGAGGUGGUUUAGUCGGUGGACUCGCCAAAAACGGUAUAGAUUUGGGUAAAGGUCUGGUGCACGGGGGCAUUGGGUUAGCUAAUAAAGGGCUUGAGUUUAAGAAAAAUUUGGAACAAGGUGCGCUCAAAGGUGCAUCCGAUCUCGUGGGUGGACUUACUAAUGGACUAAGUGGUGGACUGGGAGGAGUAGAGGGUGCAAUUAGCGGUGGUUUGGAUGCAGCAGGCAAUGUUGUUAAUAAAGGAGCUGGUUUAGUCGGUGGACUCGCCAAAAAUGGUAUWGAUUUGGGUAAAGGUCUGGUGCAUGGGGGCAUUGGGUUAGCUAAUAAAGGGCUUGAGUUUAAGAAAAACUUGGAACAAGGUGCAUUGAAUGGUGCAUCUAAUCUCGUGGGUGGACUUACUGAUGGACUUACUGGUGUACUGGGAGGUGUAGACGGAGCUAUUGGUGGUGGUUUAGAUACUGUAGGCAAUAUUGUUAAAAACGGAGGUGGUUUAGUCGGUGGACUCGCCAAAAACGGCAUGGAUUUGGGUAAAGGUUUGGUUCACGCGGGCAUUGGUUUUGCUGGUAAAGGGCUUGAGUUUAAGAAAAAUUUGGAACAAGGUGCAUUGAAUGGUGCAUCCAAUGUUUUGGGUGGACUUACUGAUGGACUUACUGGUGUACUGGGAGGUGUAGACGGAGUUAUUGGUGGUGGUUUGGAUGCAGCUGGCAAUGUUGUCAAUAAAGGAGCUGGUUUAGUCGGUGGACUCGCCAAAAACGGCAUUGAUUUGGGCAAAGGGUUGGUUCACGGGGGCAUUGGKUUAGCUAAUAAAGGGCUUGAGUUCAAGAAAAACUUGGAACAAGGUGCUUUGAAAGGUGCAUCCGAUCUCGUGGGUGGACUUACUGAUGGACUAAGUGGUGUAUUGGGAGGAGUAGACGGAGUAAUUGGCGGUGGUUUGGAUACAGUGGGCAAUGUUGUUAAAAACGGAGGUGGUUUAGUCGGUGGACUCGCCAAAAACGGUAUAGAUAUUGGCAAAGGUUUGGUUCACGGAGGCAUUGGUUUGGUUGAUAAUGGCUUAAAGUUUAAAAAAAUUUGGAACAAGGUGCAUUGAAUGGUGCAUCCAAUCUUGUGGGUGGACUAACUGAUGGACUUUCAGGUGUAUUGGGAGGCGUAGAUAAAGCAAUUGCUGGUGGUUUGGAUGCAGCAGGUAAUGUUGUUAAUAAAGGAGCGGGGUUAUUCGGUGGACUCGCCAAAAACGGUUUAGAUUUGGGUAAAGGUUUGGUGCACGGGGGCAUUGGGUUAGCUAAUAAAGGGCUUGAGUUUAAGAAAAACUUGGAACAAGGUGCAUUGAAUGGUGCAUCUAAUCUCGUGGGCGGACUUACUGAUGGACUCACUGGUGUACUGGGAGGUGUAGACGGAGCUAUUGGUGGUGGUUUAGAUACUGUAGGCAAUAUUGUUAAAAACGGAGGUGGUUUAGUCGGUGGACUCGCCAAAAACGGUAUUGAUUUGGGUAAAGGUCUGGUCCACGGAGGCAUUGGGUUAGCAAAUAAAGGGCUUGAGUUUAAGAAAAAUUUGGAACAAGGUGCAUUGAAUGGUGCAUCCAAUCUUUUGGGUGGACUUACUGAUGGACUAACUGGUGUAUUGGGAGGAGUAGACGGAGUAAUUGGCGGUGGUUUGGAUAAAGUAGGUAAUGUUGUUAAAAAUGGAGGUGAUUUAAUUGGUGGAAUCGCCAAAAACGGUAUGGAUUUGGGUAAAGGUUUGGUUCACGGAGGCAUUGGUUUAGCUAAUAAAGGCCUCGAGUUUA